AUGGACCCCGAUACUACUCAAUACGAUAAGGUGAAAGGAGAAUGGUCCGAAAAUCUGAUAGAUAUCAAAAGCAAUCUAAAAAGAAGUAAACCCUCACAUUCAAUACCGUCAAAAAGGGUCAAACAUGAUGUAGAUUCAUCGCCACUUGUGGAGGAAUCCAACGAGGAAAUCGCCAGACAGUACAAAAAAUUCAUAAAUGCACCUAAAUACGAUCUUAAUAGUGAAGAAUUGUUUUGUGUAUGCAGACGUCCCGACUUGGGUGAAAUGAUGGUUGCUUGUGAUGGAUGUGAAGAAUGGUUCCAUUUCAAGUGCAUGAAAAUCAAUGAAAAAUACUCCAACUUGAUAGCCAAAUACUAUUGCAAAUUUUGCGAAUGGAAGGGGGAAGGUAAUUCUCAAUGGAAAAGAAAAUGCCGCCUAGAAAACUGUAAUGAGCCGAUAGGAGAGAGAUCCAAAUAUUGUUCGAAAGAACACGGAAUAGAAUUUAUAAAACUGCUGUUGUUGGAAUCAAAAACAAACUCCACCGAUAGUCCCUCCUUACAAAACUUGGAUGCACAUUUUAUAAAGGAUGUUUUGAACUAUGUAUCAGGUGACUUUGAUAAACUACAGCAAAUGGGAUCAAGUUUUCCAGAGUUGGAGGUAGUUAAGAACUAUAAAAAUGAUAACACAGCUUUAGAUGGAUUCCCAGAGACUGUAAAAAUAGAUUUACAAAGGACAAAUGAAAAAUUGGAUGCGUUGUCGAAACAGGUAACAAAACAAGAACAAGUAUUAAAGGCAUUAGUUAAUACCAAAGACAAUAUAAAACAUUUGAAUGAAAGACUCACUAAUAUAGUAUAUGAAGACCUGUCUCUGGACAAGCAGACUUCGAAAAAGAAGAAAGGCGCUAGAGGCAAGAAAAAGAUAGAUAUCUGCUUUUGUGAUAAAGGCGACCAACUGAUUGUACAACUGAUCACUGAUUCUGAAACUAUCUUUGAUGAUUUAUUGAAAGUUAUAAAAGCCCGAGUUUUUGAGAAUGGGGAAGCUGAGGAAGAAGACAUGGAUUGGUUUAUGAACGAUUUGUGUAUAAAAGACAAGAAGAAGUGUGUUCGUCAUAGUGGUUGGUGGAAUCUAUACUACGAUGAAGCUGGCAGAAACUUGGAGCAGUUGCAGAGCAAGCUCGAAGAGACAAUGGAACAAAAAGAAUCCAUACUAAGAAAUUAUUCUAUCAGUGUAUACGAAUCUUAA